AUGCAUCUCACUCAAUCUCAGCUUCAGCUCGCAGGGCCCUAUUUUGCCCCUACAGGCCUGUAUGAAUAUACAAAAUCCCUCCCCUUCCUAGGAACCAUCACCAGCGACACCACCACACUAACAGCAGGGGAAUGGACCGAAAUCUCCCUCAAAUACACAGUCGGAGCAUCCGGUCUCGCAGACGGCGCCUGGAUCAAAGGCACCUUUAAAUUCUACUCUGACUGGGCUCUAUUCCAAACCUCAGAUCGUACCAAAGAUAAUUUCAUCAGCGCGGAGUAUAUACCCCGCCCUUUACUUCCCGGACAGACGCCCGCUACGGUGCAGUCGUUGGGCGUGCGGUUUGACCAAAAAGGCCAUGAGAGGCCGUUUCAGAAGGCUGUUAUUAUUGACAUUCACGACGGGUAUUUAAAUCCCGGUGAUGUGAUUUUGAUCCGGUUGGGGGAUCGUCGGUUUGGGGGGCGAGGGACGAGAGUGCAGAGCUUUGUGGAGAGGGAUUUUAGAUGGCGGUUUUAUAUUGAUCCAGUUGGGACUUCUCGGUUUGCUCCUAUUCAGGAUCUUUCGUGGGAUGUCGUGGCGGGGAGUCCGUAUAGACUUGGGCUUGUUUCGCCUAGAUUGGUGAGAGAUGGUGUUGCAUUCGCUAUUCAUGCUCAUGCUGAGGAUAUCUGGGGGAAUGUAACUCGUGAUAUUCGUGGUUUCUUUGAGCUGGAUAUCAAGGGUGAUGUUAUUGGACAAUCAACCGCCGAAGGAUGGACGAAUACCAUAUUCGACAACCUCACUCUACCGCAUGGAGAUUACACCUACACCAUCACGUUCCAAAGUGACGAUGGAAAAAUCCAUCUUCUAAACACUGCCCACUUGACCAUCUCUUCCAACCUGUCUAUUCCCAGAAUCCUCUUUGGGGAUCUGCAUGUCCAUUCAGACGACACAGUCGGGACAGAAUCAUCGUUAUACAACUUCACCUACGGACGAGACAUCGCAGCCCUAGACAUCCUAGGCUACACAGCAAACGACUUUCAAAUUACGCACGAACGCUGGGUAGCAACAGUCAACCUGAUCAAAUCUCUCAAUCAACCUGGUAAAUUCGUCAUCUUCCCGGGCACAGAAUGGUGCGGGAACUCUGCGGCAGGAGGGGACCAUAAUGUUGUCUUUUUGAAUGAUCCAACAACCAACCCGCCUGCAUUUCCCGUUACUCAAGACGGCACUGUUGCGCGCUCUUUCGAGUGGUCGGUGGAUGGGCCGAAAGAUCUCGUCCCCGGUGCGUGGCCGCUGGACGAAGUGUAUGCCAUCUACGGUCAAGACACGGAGAAGCAUCUCCUCAUCCCGCAUGUUGGUGGGCGGCGGUGCAAUCUCAGCUGGCAUCAUCCAGGACUCGAACGACUGCUUGAGAUUGGCAGUGCCUGGGGCCAGUUUGAGUGGUUGCUUCGUGAUGCUCUCGCCCGGGGAUGGAGGAUGGGGGUGUCUGCCAACUCUGACGAGCAUCGUGGGCGAUGCGGUGGUGGUGUUCCUGGGACGGCAGUGUUUGGGACAAGAGGAGGGCUAACGGGUGUUUUGGCUGAUAGGCUGGAGCGUGGUGAUGUUGCUGCUGCGUUACGUUCUCGACAUACUUUUGCUACGACGGGGCAGCGGUUGGUUGGUUUAGUCAAGGUCAAGGGAGGUGAUGCUAUCCAAGGUGAUGAGAUUACAUGGCCCAAAGGCAAGCCUGUGGAGUUUGAGUAUCUCUUUCUUGGGGAUAGGGGAUUCGCUUCGAUUGAAGCGCUCAACACAACUGGGCUUGCCUGGAGCAGACACUUCUGGUCUGAGUCUCAGCAAUCGCCGUCCAUUCUUCGAGUUACCUGGGGCGGAGCUCGACUUUAUGAUCGGUAUCGAGAGGCAAUCUGGAAUGGCAGGAUUGAGCUGUCAGAAGCUGUGAUUGACCGCCUUGAACCGUUUGGUGGGAUUGAAGAUAAUCCCGAAGACCAGGUUAUCCAAUCCGGCUCACAGGCUGCCACAUUUUCCAGUCAUACCAGCGGUGAUGCGGACGGUGUUCAUGUACACUUUUCAUCGGGCGUGCCAUCGUCAAUCGCCAUUUCGGGUAAUAUCGGUGGCUACGUCAAAGUUGGCGAUGCGUUGGCUGGAAACCCCCAUCAACAUCAACCGACAUUCUCCCUUGAAGCAUCCUGGGAUGAGAUUCAAGUUCCUGGCGGUAAGGCGAUUGAAAUAAAAGGCGGCUGUGAAUUGUUUGUGCGGGUUGAGGCUAUUCCCGAUAUUUCCCUCCCUCGUCGGGUUGAAGGCGAUGUUGCUGUUACCGGUGAUGCGGUGUAUUUUGUCGGCAGAGAAUGGAGUGGAGAGAAGGUUGUGACUAGUCCGAUAUUUAUGGAUUAUGUGGAUUCAUCUCCAUUAUAA